CAAUUUUGGAAUCCAGCCAGGCCGACAGAAGUCUCGCAUUGUCGCAACACUAGAAAGAGAGAGAGAGAGCCUGCCUCCUGCAAAUCUCUCAAGAAAGAAGAAUAAAGCGGUUCUCUCUCCAUUGUUCUGUGGAUUUUUUUUUUUCCAGUGAGGAGAGAGAGAUGGCUGCUUACAGAGCUGAAGAUGAUUAUGACUACCUUUUCAAGGUAGUUCUGAUCGGAGACUCUGGCGUCGGGAAGUCGAAUUUGCUCUCGAGGUUUACUCGAAACGAGUUCAGCCUCGAGUCGAAGUCGACGAUCGGCGUCGAGUUCGCUACUCGGAGCCUGAACGUUGAUGGGAAGGUCAUCAAGGCCCAGAUUUGGGACACGGCGGGCCAAGAGAGGUACCGAGCCAUCACUAGUGCUUACUACCGAGGAGCUGUUGGUGCAUUACUUGUAUAUGAUGUCACCCGACAUGCUACUUUCGAGAAUGCUGAGAGGUGGCUCAGGGAGCUAAGAGAUCAUACGGAUCCAAACAUAGUUGUCAUGCUCAUCGGGAACAAAUCUGACCUGCGCCAUCUCGUGGCCGUUUCGACCGACGAUGGGAAAUCUUUCGCAGAGAGGGAGUCUCUCUUUUUCAUGGAGACCUCAGCCCUAGAAGCCACGAAUGUGGAGAAUGCAUUCGCCGAGGUUUUGACCCAGAUAUACCGAAUUGUGAGCAAGAAGGCUGUGGAGGCUGGCGAUGCUGGAGCAGCAGCUGUCCCGAGCAAAGGAGAGAAGAUAAACGUGAAAGAUGACGUUUCCGCACUGAAGAGAGUUGGGUGCUGCUCGAACUAGGCUAGGAUGGGAUUGGACAUUGUGUGGGCCACGUUUGGAUGUGUACGAGCUAACUGAAUUGCAAACAUUCAGUUAAAGAAGAGAGGAAAUAACUGAAUUGUAGCGACUUCUCCAAGCAGUCACACUUAGAUUGCUUUUCCGUUCCAACUUGAAAGCAAUGUAAUUGCAAUUCGGAGCCCAAUCCUCCAUCUUAGUGCCAAGUAACUGCAAUUUAGUAGUGUUCAUCUUGUUAAAUUAAAUAUUGCAAUUCAGUUUUAUAGUGCAUCCAAACGGGCCGCUAAGGAUGUGGCUGAGAUUUGCUGCAUCUGCUUCACGUACA